UAGAGAAUCUACUAGACGGAAGGAAAGAAAACAAAAAACAAGGUUAUCUUAAAAAUAGAGAGAAAAAUCCUUGACAUUCUAUGAUCCAAAGAUGACUAUAUCUGCCACCUCACUAGUAUUUUAUUUAUUUAUUUGACAAAAUAAAUAUUUUAUUGACUUAAUUUUCAAUUUACACUCCAUAUUUCUCAGUCUUCCCUUUCUUGCUCACAAGCGUACUUAUUGGGUUUUACUGCUGCUUAGCUGUUUUUUGUAAAAUAUUCAACUCCAAAAAUGUUAUUUUCUACUCUAAUUUUCUUUCUAUAAUUUUUUUUUUAAUAAAAUUUCCCCAAUUUCAUUACCUUCCUUAAUUUUGUCCUGGUAAUAAAGCUCUGUUCUUUCUUCCCCCACUUAUACUCACCAGCAUCAACCUAAACCCCAUCACUCCAUUUUUAUUUUUUUUUUAAAAAACCCAUUAAUUUCUGCUUCGGACAGAGGAAUCUCUGCUCCUUUUUAUUGGAACUUCAAUAAUAGUUAAUACCCUUCUCUAGAUAUUAGAGAUAAUUUCAGAAAUUUUGAUUUUUCAAUCUGGGUUUAUGCCAGUUUGUUAAAAAUUCUUAGUUUUUUUUUCAAGAUUUUCAAUCAAUUUCAGCUUGAUACAGAGAAAUCUUUGCUGUUUUGAUUAGAACUUCAACUCUACUCUAUACCCAUCUUCAGAUGUAAGUGAUAAAUUCAGAAAACCUGUUUUUAUCAAUCUGGGUUUAUAGCAAUUUCUUGAGGUUGCUAUUUAUUUUUAUUGAGGUUUAUUUUGAUGGUACUACUGUAAAUGGGUUCUCUUGAGAAUGGGGUUUUGUUGAAGAAAGAUCAACAUCAUAAUCAUAGCAUUGGGAGAGUUUCUUCAUUCUCAAAACAACAAAGACCCAGAUCGAGAUUUACAAGGUUUUUGCUAUCAAAGAGAAUAGGCUACUUGCAAUGGAUUUCCACCAUUGUUGUUUUCUCUCUCUUCUUGGUUUUCUUCCAAGCUUUUCUACCAGGUUCAGUGAUGGAAAGACCUGGGGAUUCACGAAAAACUUUGGAUUUAGUUGGUGAAGAUUUGAUGUACUUAAACCGGAUUAUUAAUGAGCUUGAUUUUGGUGAAGAUGUGAGGUUUGAGCCAACAAGGUUGUCUGCCAAAUUUCAGAAGGAAGCUGCUGAGGUUAAUUCAUCUUCUGGGUUUAAAAGAGGGAUUAGAGUUGGUCAUAGGAAGCCCAAACUUGCUCUGGUUUUUGCGGAUCUGGGUGUAGAUCCAUAUCAGAUACUAAUGGCAACUGUGGGAACUGCACUGCAAGAGAUUGGUUACACAAUUGAGGUAUUUUCAAGUGAAGAUGGUCCUGCGCACACUGUGUGGCAACAUAUAGGAGCUCCGGUCAGCACAAUUGAAAUCAAAGACCACUGCAGAAAUAGUGUGGAUUGGCUGAACUAUGAUGGUAUACUACUUAAUUCGCUUGAGGGGAAAGAAAUCCUUUCUUGUUUUAUGCAGGAACCUUUCAAGUCAUUACCCCUUGUUUGGACCAUACAUGAAGACCGACUCGCCACUCAUCUGAAUCAGUACACUGUAAAUGGAACAGUUGAAAUUUUAAAUGAUUGGAAGAAGAGCUUCAGCCGUGCUACUGUAGUUGUAUUUCCAAAUUAUGCCCUUCCGAUGAUGUAUUCGAAAUUUGAUACGGGCAACUAUUUGGUCGUCCCGGGUUCUCCAACUGAAGCAUGGGAGGCAGAUAGUUUAAUGAGCUUUAAUCAAGAGCAGGUCUAUGCCAAGAUGGGUUUUGCUGCUGAUGAUUUUGUUAUUGCUGUCGUGGGAAGUCAAUUUAUGUACAAGGGUUUAUGGCUGGAACAGGCCCUUAUAUUACAGGCUUUAAAGCCACUUCUCACAGAAAUUCUUCCUGACGAUAAAUCUGAUUUUGGUUUCAAAAUCAUUAUUUUAACUGGCGAUUCUACUGGUAAUUACACCAAGGCUGUGGAGGCCAUUUCUACAAGUCUGGAUUAUCCAAAGGGUAUUGUGAAGCAUGUUGAUCGUAAUGCAAGUGUAGAUGAUGCUCUCAGGACUGCCAACCUUGUCAUUUAUGGAUCAUUCCUUGAAGAAGAAUCAUUUCCAGAUAUCUUAAUCAAAUCCAUGUGCUAUGAGAAGCUCAUAAUUGCCCCUAAUCUCUCCAUGAUAAAGAAAUAUGUUGAUGACAGGGUGAAUGGCUAUCUUUUCCCAAAGGAGGAUAUCAAGGUCUUAACUGCCAUUAUAUCGCAAGUUGUUUCAAGGGGAAAAUUGUCACCUCUAGCUCACAAUGUCGCUUCAAUUGGGAAAGAAACGGCAAAAAACCUCAAGUCAAUGGAAGCUGUUGAAGGUUAUGCAUCACUUUUGGAAAAUAUCCUUAAAUUACCGUCGGAAGUUGCUGUCCCAAAGUCUGCUUCUGAAAUUCCUUCCAAAUACAAAAAUGAAUGGCGGUGGAACAUCUUGAAAAUGAUUCCUGAUGCAAAAUAUAGAAGCAGAAAUACUAGUGUUUACUUGGACAAAAUUGAAGAGUUGAGUCGUAAUAAAACAGAUCCCGCCAUUUCUACAUCUGCUAAGGACGAGGAUUUUUUAUAUAGCAUUUGGGAAGAACAGAAACAAUUUGAUAUUGCUAAUGCUAGAAAGAGAAGAGAAGAUGCAGAGCUUAAAGAUAGAUCUGAUCAGCCUCGAGGAACGUGGGAGGAUGUAUAUCGAAGUUCCAGAAGGGCUGAUCACAUGAAGAACGAUUUGCAUGAAAGAGAUGACGGGGAGCUUGAAAGGACUGGUCAACCAUUGUGUAUAUAUGAACCAUACCUUGGGGAGGGAAGCUGGCCUUUUUUGCAUCAUAAACCACUUUAUCGAGGAAUCGGUCUGGCUUCAAGAGGACGUAGACGCGGAACAGAUGAUGUGGACGCAUCCUCUCGUCUUUCUCUUCUCAGCAACCCUUAUUACCGAGAUGCACUUGGGGAAUUUGGAGCCUUCUUUGCAAUUGCUAAUCGAGUUGAUCGUGUCCACAAAAACGCCUGGAUAGGGUUCCAGUCUUGGAGAGCAACAGCUAGAAAGAAAGUGUUGUCUAAAACUGCGGAGAAAGCUUUGCUUAAAGCUAUUGAAACAGGAGAACACGGGGACACUUUCUACUUUUGGGUCCGGUUGGAUUCGGAUCCUAGAAACCCCAUGAACAAAGAUUUUUGGUCAUUUUGUGAUGCUGUAAAUGCUGGUAAUUGCAGGUCUGCAUUCUCAGAUGCUUUUAAAAGGAUGUACGGAAUUAAGCAAGAUUGGGAUUCUCUUCCACCCAUGCCUAUGGAUGGAGAUACAUGGUCUGUAAUGCACAGCUGGUCCCUACCAACUAGGUCAUUUCUAGAAUAUGUCAUGUUUGCAAGAAUGUUUGUUGAUGCAUUGGAUGCUCAAAUGUACGAAGAACACCACCGAAGUGGGCACUGUUAUUUGAGCUUAAACAAAGACAAGCAUUGUUACUCUCGGGUACUUGAGCUGCUCAUAAACGUUUGGGCAUACCAUAGUGCGAGGCACAUGGUUUAUAUCGAUCCUGAAACUGGCAAGAUGCAAGAACAGCAUGGAUUGCAGAAUAGGAGAGGUCACAUGUGGUUAAAAUUCUUCUCUUUACGCACUCUUAAAAGCAUGGAUGAGGAAUUGGCCGAGGAAGCAGACUCUGAGAAAACGAAAAGGCAUUGGUUAUGGCCUAAAACUGGUGAGAUCUUCUGGCAAGGUGUGUAUGAGAAGGAGAGAGAGGAAAAGAAGAAGAUGAGAGCCGAGAAAAAGAGAAAAAGCAAGGAGAAAGUUGAUAGGAUAAAAAAUCGAAACUCGAAACAUAUGAAACCCAUAGACAAGUAUGUAAAACCCCCACCUGAGGAAAUGUCAAAGAUUACUACUACAACUAACAGUAGUACUACAGAUGUGGCAAGGAGAUAGUAUUUGGUUUUCCUUUCCAGUUUCCUGCAUUGGGUUGCUGCUAAAAAUAGGUUAUAGUUAAUGAUUCUUUUUGUAUCAAGAGUUUUAGUUAAUUCUCCUAUUUGUAAAUUUUUUCCAGAAAAGGAUGCUCGAGUUUGUAAAUGGAGAAUAGUGGAGGGAGGGGGGAAGAGACAAUGCAUCCUUUUACGGUAUUGAUGUUGAUAAUAUUCAUUAUAUUUAGAUGAUGUCCAUUCAUCCCCA